AUGCACUCUGGGAAUUAUACCGACCCUACGGCCUUGAAUGAAUUAUCGUGUCCGGGGAAAAAGCAUCUAUUCAUGACAGCGACUCAAGAAGAAGAAUACUUCAUGGUUCUUCAAGAAACCGACAAGUCGGGUGAUUUCAGAUUGGUCGUUUGUUUUUAUUGUGCCAGACUGAGUCUCUGCUCGCCGUGGGCACCUGCUAGCUGGGUGUAUCGGUGGCUACCAAGAGAAAGCCAUGCAAAAGCUCUCAAUCCUGGUAAAACUGUUGAACAUUACGCGGUUACACCCGCGCAAAGCCUAGCAGAUAUCAAAUCACACUUCAACGAUGCCGCCCCAUUCUUCAAAUCCUCAAAUAUUCUGGAGGCUUUUCUACCAGGAUCUGGUUCUCUGACUAUUAGAAACUUCCUUUUUCUCGCUCAAAGCAUAAUAGCAUCCAAAGAAAUGAGCGGAGACCUCUUGAGUUGGCUUGCUUCCUCUAAAGACCCGAAGUUCUUAGAGCUUUUCCAGGAAAUUCUGUUAAGACGAUCGGCGUCCUUUCAUCCGAAGGUCCAUGAAGAUAAAGUAUGUCUCGUCAUAAACGAUAUCGAGUGGAGGGAUCUGUAUGACACAUAUCAUGCUUUCGUCGAAAAGCUUUCGUAUCGCUGGUCUUUUCAAUUCAUAUACCAAGAAGAUGAGUCUGAAUCCGGACGAUGGAGUUAUAGCGUUAGACCUCAUGUACCAGAAAAGUCAGUUUGUAUCCGGUAUCCACUUUGGUUGCUUGCAAAAAUAAUACAAGAUCGGAAAGUGUACGAAGUUCUAGCUUUAUUCACUCCCUUCACAAAGGACAGCAAUGAGAAUGAGCUCACUUUAGCCCUUCGACCCGAGGAGGAGGGAGACGAUACAGAAUAUGGCAAACUUUGGCCGCAGAAAGUUUACGACGAGCUUGACUUGGACCUGAAGUUCCAAAAAGUGUGUAUUAUUUGA